AUGGACAACGAGAACCACCUCGAGCUCUACGUUACGUUUAUAUUCCUUUUUCUGGCCUGUUGCUCGUACUCUGCUAACGCCAGCUGCCCAAAGUCGCUCCCAGACUGCCCAGGUGAACAGAACGGAGCUCGAGAUAUUGCCGGAUCUUCUACUGUGAUCGGUGGUGUUUUCUCCAUCUCAUCAUGGCGUAGCAAGAGUUGCUCUCUGUGUUCUGACGACCCAAUCGUGCAACGUGCCAGCGUCGAGUUAGCCGAAGCUCUAAUACUCGCCACAGAGAUUCUAAACAAUGCGACAGAAGAGGAAGACGUGGCUUUUGGGUAUAGCAUCGACGACUCCUGCGGGAAUCAUCGAACUGCCGAGUGCAUACAGAGUCUGACUCCGACUAGAUCUACUCUGGCGACUGUUGUCGGUCCCUACUACGCCGAGCAGAGCAUCUCUUUGAACGAGACGGAGCAGAGCAUUCUCUACAAGCAUCUCAACGGAUUUCCUCCUCAUGAUGACAAGGGAAUUUUUUCUCUUCUUGAUGUGCCUUUCUCGUACUCAACAGACGUACAGAAUUUUGUGGCUACCCUUGAUAUGUCUCAGAUUGUGAUGUUUCAUCAGACUUGCGAGUUGCAAGCACUCGCAGCUGUUGACUUCAUUCUACAGGAACGCUGGUGGAAUGUCACCGUUUUGGGAAGCGGUGACGCAUGUGGGACGGCUUCUUUACGUCUCUUCAAGCAAGAACUGAUGCGCAGGAAUAUCUUUUGCCAUUUUCAAGUGACAUAUCUUCAGCAGGAACCUAUUGAGCCCUCAGUUGCCCAUGAUGAACUAAGACAGUUUCUAGAGCCCAAUUAUUAUGCUAGCAAGUUAGACUCAAAUGAGGCAUCAGAGUUUUUUGCUUUCGCCACAAGUAGAAAGAUAAUAGUCUUAGCUGGAAUUUCAUUUGCCAACAAGAUUUUACCUCAUUUUGUUCAAUCAACCAAGGGUACUAGUAGUCAGUCAUCAAACGGUCGCUAUUCAUUUCUAAUAGGAGAUCUUUGGGGUGAUACUCGUCGAAAGAAUUCUGUAAUUGAGAAACUACGUCUGCUAACUGAUAGAGGGCAUGAUGUGUACGGACUACGAAAUGCAGUGAAUGGAACAGAUAAACUGGCAGAUUCCAUGAGGUCGAUUGAAUUUAACUCAUCUCGUUUUCAUCGUAAUCCGUUCAUUCAAAGAUUUUGGGAGCAGACGUUUUCGUGCUCUGUUGCUAAUGACGACUGCGAUAGAAACAAGAGGCUUCAAUUUCCCGUAUUUCCUAUACUUAGGAACUACAAAGCACCUCUCGUUAUUGAUGCCGCUUUGGUAAUUCUUUGA